AUGUCUAGUGCACUUGAACUUGAAAAAAUAUUCUUUAUCGUGUUUUCAUUCAUUGUGAAUUCAAAUUGUGGACGAGUUUGUUUACGUUCAUUGACAACUGUAACUGGAACAUUGGCACCGUCGCAAUUUUGUUCUGGCGAUGUGAUUUUUGAGGAUAAUUUUAAUGAUCUUAAUCAAAAUAUUUGGUACUUAGAAAAUAGUAUGGGAAUUGGUGGUGGCAGUAAAGAAUUUCAAUGGUAUGUGAAUGAUCCAAUGAAUGCCUAUACAGAAGAAGGAAUUCUACAUAUUGAGCCGACAUUUACAGCUGAUUUGUACGGAGAAGAAUUUUUAUACUCUGGUCAUGUCUACAUUCCACCAAAUAAAUGUACACAAAACAUUUUCAAUGGAUGUAACAAGACUGGUGAUCAGGACAACAUAAUAAAUCCUAUUCGAAGUGUCAGAAUGAAUACGAUGAAAUCAUUUGCAUUCAAGUAUGGAACUGUUGAAAUACGUGCUAAGAUACCGACAGGUGACUGGCUUUUCCCAGCAUUAUGGCUAAAUCCUCGUUUCACAAAAUAUGGACCAUGGCCAAUGUCUGGGGAAAUUGAUCUUAUGGAGAGUCGAGGGAACCAACAAUUGUAUAGCGGAUCAGUAAAUGUUGGAACAGAACAAAUCUCAAGUACCCUUCAUUUUGGACCAGCAGCUGGAAUUGAUGCUUGGAAAACAGCACACUGCUCAAAAAACUUAGAAAUUAAUGGAUACAAUUUUGACUUUCAUAUUUAUAGACUAACAUGGACACCCGCUGGCUUUGAGUUUCAUGUUGAUAACACUUUAAUUGGUGUAAUUGACGUUGAGGAUGGAUUCUUUAAACGAGGACAGUUUGAUAGCAGUAAUUACUCUGAUCCUUGGGUUAAUGGAACCAAAAUGUCUCCAUUCGACGAGGAGUUUUAUGUGAUAAUAAAUUUAGCAGUUGGAGGUACAAGCUUCUUCAGUGAUUUCUUCCAAAAUUUGCCACUUCCGAAACCAUGGCUGAAUACUUCAAAACGACCUGCUGCAGAAUUUUGGGAAUCAAGAGAUCAAUGGUUGGAAACUUGGAAGCUAAACGAUACAGAUGAUUCACAUUUUCAAAUUGAUUAUGUAAGGAUUCGAGCUUUGUAG